AUGUUUGCUUCUUUAUUCGUUUUAUGUUCAUUUAACGUUUUUGCAUUUACGUUUCUCGAUUAUUCAUGUGUUCUUUCAUUUUUCAGCGUUUCGAUCCCUUCGUUCAUUUUUGAUUCUUUUGAUCCUUUCUUUCAUUUUCAAAUCUUUCUAACCUUUUUUUUUCAUUUUUCAAACUAUCGAUCAUUUCUUUCAUUUUUCAACGUUUCGAUCCUUUCUUUCAUUUUCAAUCUAUUGAUCAUUUCUUUUCUUUUUCAAUCUUUCGAUCCUUUCUUUCAUUUUUCAUUCUUUCGAUCCUUUCUUUCAUUUUCCAAUCUUUCGAUCCUUUCUUUCAUUUUCCAAUCUUUCGAUCCUUUCUUUCAUUUUUCAAUCUUUCGAUACUUUCUUUCAUUUUUCAUUCUUUCGAUCAUUUCUUUCAUUUUCCAAUCUUUCGAUCCUUUCUUUCAUUUUACACCUCUGUUCACUAUCUAUCUAUCUAUCUAUCUAUCUAUCUAUCACAAUAUGUGUCUGUUAAUCUAUCUAUCUAUCUAUCUAUCUAUCUAUCUAUCUAUCUAUCUAUCUAUCUGUCACAAUAUGUCAGUAUCUAUCUAUCUAUCUAUCUAUCUAUCUAUCUAUCUAUCUAUCUAUCUAUCUAUCUAUCACAAUAUGUCAGUAUCUAUCUAUCUAUCUAUCUAUCUAUCUAUCUAUCUAUCUAUCUACAUAUUAGCGAUGUAUGCUUUGUUUAUUUUUUCUUUAUUUUUCUUUCUUUCUUUCUUUGUUUUGUAUAUUUUUCUUUCUUUUUUCUUUCUUUCUUUUUUCUUUCUUUCUUUCUUCCUUUCUUCUUUCUUUCUUUCUUCCUGUCUUCUUUCUGUCUUUCUUUCUUUCUUAUCUGUUCCCCUCUCUUUCUUGCUUUUAUUACUCUCAUUCUAUCUAUCUAUCUAUCUAUCUAUCUAUCUAUCUAUCUAUCUAUCUAUCUGUCUCAGUAGAUCUAGUAAUUGUUUCAAUAUAAUCUAUCUAUCUAUCUAUCUAUCUAUCUAUCUAUCUAUCUAUCUAUCUAUCUAUCUAUCUACAGAAAUAUAG